AUGAAUUCUCUAUCAAAAUCAGUGAACAAGUUAUCCUCUACGAAGAAAAAUAGCAUAUAUAUUUUGUCAAGAGAUAAAAAGAACGGGUCAAAGUCUCGGAAAUAAACUGAAGGAUAUUAUUAAGCGAAAUGCUUACCCAGAUCUCGAUUCGAGCAAGAAGGACGUUCAUUUUGAUAAGAAGAUUGGCCGAUUACAGACCACUGCAAAUGAAAGUCUGAGUUAUAAGAAAUAAUAAUAGGUAUUUUGAUAAAAGAAAGCAUUCUAUGAAGAAAAGAAUUUUAAAAACUUCUCUUCAACUUCCAAAUACUCGUUCAAACAAGAGUAUGAACAUCAGAUCUGAACUAGGUAGUAAGUCCGUUCAGAUAAAGGAAACAUUAAAUGCCAGAACAAUGAAAUAACCAAAGCUCAAUGUCGCUAAACCAGAGGUUUAAAAGCCAAGUAUUCGGAAGGAAACAGACGAGGAAUGAUCCCUAUAAUCAAGAUUUACAAGAAUCUUCUAAAAGCAUCUCCUUUUCUCCUCUAAUCAAGGGGGUCAAAAAUGUAUAUAAAAAUGAUGCAUUUGUAAAUUCAUAUUCCCAUUACCGUGAUAGGAGGAACACUAGUAGCUUGUCCUCUUUCACCAACUCCCAGAACCUUAUAGCUAGCAUUGAGCUACAGAAGUACAGGAAGGCUAGUGAGGAGAAGCAUAAGAAGAACUCAACUGAGAAGUGAGCUAUAAAUAGCCUGAUCAAGAACACCCAGAAGCAGUUGAAGUGUCUUUCUUACAAACUGUCAACGGUAAUUUCCGACGGAAAUUACCAUAACUUGUUAGAAGAAGGCCAGACCAAUCGUGUCGAGGUGAUCGAAGACACCUUGAUUUACUGCAAGGUUGGUCUUAAGUACAAGUUCUCCCCUCUGACAAUAAGAUUAAAGUACAACUCGAAGGAGAACCUGAAAGUGUUUUACUCCUCUGUAAGCCAGAUGCCAAACAUGAAGGACAAUGAGUACCAAUAUUUUAAGCCAAGGAAGAUCUGCAUCUGGGCAGAGGGUCGGAGUAAGGAAUUCGAGAAAGAAUAUGCCUAUUUUACACUCUCCUGCCCCAACCAGAUCUCUGUAGACAUUCUAGUGAGAUUCAAUACCAUGGAGAAAGCAUUAGGAAGGAAAUAAAAUCGAGAAAAUGGAAGAGUACAACCUAGAAGAAGACCUUAAUAAAGAAAUUGAAGCUCUUAAUAAUCAAGAAGUUUCCCCUAACCACCUUCCAAUUAUCCAUAAAGAAGAGGUAUCCGAUGACAUUAUUAAGAAAAAUAUGAAAAUUGCUAAAUAAAUGGAAGCAAAUCCAUGAGGAAAAGUUAGAAAUUAACAAAAAUCUUCGGCCUAAGAAAAUGGAAGAAGCUAGGACAAUGCACAAAUAAGUUGUUUCUGCAGAAUCUUAAACAGAAAAAGCAUUUCCUUAAACGAUGGGAUAUCGUAAGAGAACUACGUGAGAAAGCUAGAAUUCAAGAUGAACGUAUACAAAACCUAAAAAUCUUCAAUGGAUUCUGGGCGAGGCUGUUCCAGAUGCGAGAAUUUCUCCUCAAAGUUCAUAAAAAGUUCGACGAUCGCAAACAAGAAAUCCUGAUGGACAGAAGAAUGCUGUACUGCUCUAAUAGGAUCAAAAGAAACUUUAAAGUGAAGAUUAAACAGUUUGCACCUACUUUAGACCAAAGACACAAUAAUUUAGCAAGAUAUGCCCUCGAUUCGGUUAUCCAGUACAUUCAAGAACCCUCUGAGCUUCGUUCAAAAGACAUCCUCCAGAACUUCCUUCAAAACUCUGCUGACAACUACAAUACAUUCAUGUCGUUUCUUUCCUUCGCUAGGUCGGCUGAUUGCAUCAACCAGUUUUACAAGAGAAGGCUCAAGAUCAAGGCUAUUCAUGUCUACGUCAUGGAGAAGAUGUGGGAUAAAAGCUUCAUAUAAAUUUGACACAAUCACCACUUCUUUCUAAAACCAAAUCGAAAAAGAGAGUCAAAGAAAUGAAGAAAAUUUGUAAAAUUACUUCUGAGAUGAAACAUCAAGCUCUCAAAUGUAUUUAUGGCCAUCGUGUACUAGAGUACAAGAUUAGAUUCGUUCUCUACCGAAGGAGAUUAGCUGAAGAGAAGGAAGAUGAGAAUUUAACAGAGCCCACUGGAUUUUCGUUAGAUAGCAGCUUGAAGAACUAUCAAGCACGCUACAAAGAUAUUAACUCUUUAUUGUAUGGAGAUACCUUCAAAAGAGCUGUGGCAGAGAGGAAGGAUACUAAUGUAUCUUGUGAUACUAAUAAUAAGGGAAAAAGAAAUUCUAAUGCUGAUGUAGCUAGUAUCAAGAGGUUAAAGACAAAACACAAACUAGAAUUUAAUGCAUAUGGACUUCCUGUGCUGAAUUUCAAUAUUACUCAGGAAGAGAUGGAAGCUAUCAUUCGAAGGAUAGCAGAUAUGACCAGCAAGAAGCUGCUCAAGCUAGAAAAACUAGCUAGCUUGUCUAAUGAUAAGAUUAAUAGUGAUCUUUAACCAA